AUGGCGCGCGAGGCGGCGGGCGGCGCGGCGGAGCUGCUGGCGGCCGCGCACGCGCAGUUCGAGGCGCGGCAGUUGGCGGCGGCCGAGGAGCUCUACAGCCGCUUCAUCGCCCGGCGCGCCGGCUCUGCCGCUGGCCGCGCCCCCGCGCGCGCCUGUCGCGACCUCGCCACGGCCCUCAACAACCGAGGACAGAUCAAGUACUUUCGGGUGGACUUCGCCGCCGCCGUGGAGGACUACACGGCCGCUAUCGAGAGCCAGCCCGACUUCGAGGUGCCCUACUACAACAGGGGCCUGGUGCUCUACCGGCUGGGAUGCUUUGAUGAGGCCAUGAAAGAUUUCAGGAAAGUUUUAGAGUUAAACCCUCAGUUUGAAGAUGCUGUGUUGAGUCUAAACCAAGCUAUUCUUGAUAAAGAAGAAAAACGAAAGAGAGCUUAUUGACGAUGCAGCUAUUGGUGUAAAAAUGUUUUGUUGAAUACUUGCGUGAUUUCUGGCAUUGAUAGAUGAAACACGAGAUCAUUCGCAUCUGUUAUGCGCUACUGAAGAAACCUCAUUCUUGGGUAAAUAAUUAAAAAAAUGUGUUAUAAUUACAAAAAAACCCUGUUUGGAGUAUCACCAGUGUUGAGCAAAAGCAUAAUGGUAGAUUUCUGUAGGUCACUGGUCAUUCUGUACAGUUAAAAGCUUGGUAGCAGUUAAUGAAGCCUGUAGUCCUCUUACCACGAUUUCUGUACUUUUUCACAGGUUAAUUUAAAUAGUUUUUCAUGGGAAAAAUGUCUAAAACCAAAUAUAUAGAACAUGUAAGUACUUGAGUGUGGAGUUUUAUAAAAGCACAGUCUUUCUGUAUUAAAUACUAAUAAAAAGCAGGACUUUUUAUGCAAAGCUAUUUGUACUUUCCAUGAGCAAUACGAUGUAAGAAUUCAGUUAUUUGGAAGUUCAUUUACUUCUAAAACUAGUUUUGCAUAGCAUAAACAGGUAAGAACUGAAUGUAUCUUUUCUUUUGGUAAUCCCAUUGUAAGGGUAUUGAGUGUUGCAGAGAUGAAUAAAAUGAAUCUCAUGAUUAUCUAUGAAGAGCUUAUGGUAGAGAAUGCAGCUGAGCUAUUCACAGUAGGAGUCUUGGCUUUCUCCUUUUACUGAAAAGAUAAAUUGCACAAAAAUAAAAUAUGGAAUCUAUCUGAUUCAGCUGGCUGUGAAUACCCAAGUAGUCUUAUUCCUUACAUAAUAGGAGAAACAGUUGCCGAAAUCUAAAAACAGUGGAUAAGAAACACCAGGGUAUUGUUCAUGGGAAUAAAAAGUUCUACUAAAAGAAAUGCUUUUUGAUUGCCUGUGUGAGCCUUAGGAUGUACAUAUUUUUUUUAUAAAUUAUGCUAAUAAAAAUUCUCCUUCUUA